AUGCUCAAUUGGCACUGGCAACAGUCAACUCUCUCUCGAGCUGGACGCAGCGUGGUGCGGAAUCGGAGGGCGUCGGCCUUCUUUGGACGGUCAUCCCAUUCUCUGUCCAGCACCCAGUCGACAGUCAAUCCAAAUGAGAUUGACCUAUUCUCUCGCCUGUCUUCGCAGUGGUGGGAUGAGAGAGGAGAAUUUACUAUGCUACACAAGAUGAAUCCAAUCAGGAUGCGCUUCAUUCGCGAGAAACUGAUUGAGAUGAAAAGGGAAGACGUGGAAGAUAGCGCAGCCGAUGAGUCGCAGAUCUUCCAGGGACUUGACGUGCUAGACGUAGGAUGCGGGGGUGGGUUACUUUGUGAGAGUCUCACGCGCCUUGGAGCAAAUGCGCUUGGUAUUGAUGCCUCUGCUUCCAACAUUGGCAUUGCUGCUCUUCAUGCCUCGGCGGACCCCGCAUUGCACCUCUCCUCUUCUCCUGUAAACCCAUCUUUUUCAACAUCUGAAAGCCAAAUCCCGCACCGUCACGGUCGCUUGGCUUACGAGCAUACAUCUGUUGAAGAGCUCCUUGCGCUACGAGGGCCAAAGCAAUUCGACGUUGUGUGCUCUAUGGAGGUCCUGGAACACGUCGACAAUCCCCGGGCAUUCUUGCGUAGCUGUGCCGAACUUGUCAAACCUGGCGGUCACCUAUUCCUGUCCACAAUCGCACGGACGCCACUGGCUUACUUUCUUACCAUCUUUGCCGCUGAGGACCUAUUCCGUAAGGUCACGCCCGGGACCCAUACCUACUCGAAGUUCAUACUCCCGAGUGAACUUAUCUCUUAUUUCCACGACUACCGGUCUUCUACGCCUUCUGCUGGUGACUCUGACACAGAAGGCCGGAGAUGGAUUUCUCGCUUGUACAAUGGUGUCCCUGCCCGUACAGAGGCGGAAACAAGAGGCAUGAUCUACCUGCCAUGGAAGGGCGAAUGGAUGUUGGUGUCUCGCAGCUCGUUUGGGCCUCAGCUGGAGGGGUGUAAUUACAUGUUCUGGGUGCGACGCCCUCGAGAAUAA